GCCCCCGCCGGGCCCCGGCUGUCGUAAAGCCGCUUCGGGAAUCGGGGCGGGCUCUACGCGAAGUGCGCAGUCUCCCUACGCUGUUUGCGUACCGUGGUGAGGUGCGGCUGCGCUGCGGGCGCGGCUGAGCUACGGGAAUAAGCGGGAAGAGCGAGCGCGGCGGUGCUUCGUGAGGGGAAAUGGCGGGAGGAGCAGCUCCCUCACGGCCGUCAGGGCCUCCUCAGGGCGUUCUGGGGCCGUCCGGCCUGGGGGAGCCUGGGCCCCGUCCGCGGGGAGCGAGUGCUGUGGUGUGGAGACCGAGGGGCCUGUGGAGAGCGCUGUCCUAGUGCCCUUGUAAGGGCUUGGUUCUCACAGGGCUGAGUCCCGCGGGUGGAGCUGCGCUCGUUUUCACCUUCCUCACGCCGCCCUUCCUCCUCUGUCCCUCGUUGCCCAGCACCUCUUUGGGUUCAUGGGCCGUAUUUCUGCUCGGUGUUCAUCCUUUUCCUCAGUGGCGCAGCUCACGAUCUCAGCCCUCCCCGCCGGGCUCCGCACGGAGCGCUGCCCGUGUUGGAAGCAGAGCUGUAAGAGGAGAGAGGCGGCCCUCCGUGAGCGGAGAUUGCCGGGCUGCUGGAAGCGGCAGAAACAUCAGCUCUGAGGCUGCCGACGAAACGUGCGGGAGUUUGACAGCUGCGUGCCGCGAACAGGUACACUUUCCACGUUAAACCUGCCUGGGAGGAACCAGUGCUGUUUGGUCUCUGCAAACUGCUGACGUUCCGGCUCUGUGACCAGUUUUGUCAGUGGACUUGAAUGAGGCUGCAAAGGGUUCUCUGCACAGGAAUGCUAUUUUGGGAUGAUGAAGAAUUAUUUGCAAGAGGAAUUUCUGAAGAAUUCUGUAUGAGGAGGGGCACUCAGAGAUCCCAGUGGAGAGGACUGUCUAGACAGCUUGGGCCACCAGUGAGGUAGUGUGUCUUGUGACCAAAACAGCGCCUGUACAGCUGAGCCCUGCAUUGCUUCCAGGUCCUUUGACUUUGGCAUGACGAGUGAUUCUGAAGCCAGGCAUAUGUGAAGCUGAAACACAUGCUGAAGCAUCCAGACGGUGCCUCAAGCUGGCCACACGUUCCCAGAAAUAAAGAAAAACACCAGAGCCUACCUGCAGAAUGACCUUUCUCCUAGCUGACUUGCAGCUCCCAAGCUUUUGUGCUGGAAGAGAUAGGACUUGCCAGUGAAAGAAGAGCUUGCAUCUGCUUGAUGUCUUUGGAUCAAGUAAUCUGCCAGCCAAAGCAGUCUCUUCUUGCCUGCUUCCAAGAGGCAUGAGCUUAAACAACUGGUCUCAGAGUGGGGUAUAUCUACAGUCUUAGCUGUGAAGAAAGGAGAUGAAAUGUUCUCCUGUUCAGUGUAUGUGGAAGAGACUGGAGCUGAGUUGCUAUCUUCGUAACAGUAAAACUACAGCGAGAUCUGAAUUCUUUGUUCAUGUUUCAUCGCCUGCUUUGAGGCAAGCAGUGGUGAUGAGUUCAGACAUCAGCCGUAGGGUGAGUACAGAUACCACCCACACCAGCUCCACCAGCAGACUGCAGACUGUAUCUGGUUCCUCCGUUCCUGUCUGUCCCUCACAGCCCUGCCGCAGGCCCUAAUAGAUGUAGAAGCCUUGUUAUACAGGACUCAGGCCCAGGGAUGGCAUGCUGCUGUUGCUGAGCAGUGCUGGCGAUGAUGACCUAAAGUGGUUUUGAUGAGAUUCAACACCAGGUGCUCCUCAUUAGAAGGUCUCAGCAACACUGUGCCAGUCUGAGCAAGAAACGUUCUCCCUCUUCUUCCACUGAGCAGGAGACAGCUGAGCUGUCCAGCAGACAACUCGGUGCUUUCCCACACCUUUGCUACCAGUUUUUGAAGGUAAUGUAAUGACUGUGCCGCUCCAGCACUACAAACACUCAUCUUUCUGUGGAAAAAAAGUGCAGUCUUUGGAAGACGUACUAUAACUGGCAGCUGAUUUAUUGCGUGAGAUUCCAAGUAAGGAAAGAGUGAAAACAGCACGAGAGUGGCUUUUUCUCUCUUUUAGUCCCGGAUUUAAAUUGGUUGCUGGGGCAGCAUUCAUUUCUCGGAUAAGAGGGAAUCUUUUGGAUUGAGGUUUCCGCAACCUUUUAGGGGUGUCCACCACCUGUGCUUGGGUUUAGAGUACACAUUUAAAGGUGACCCACCCAUCUGACAGUAUACCCAGGUGCCACGUUUACUGAUUUCUCUGCCUCCAAGAAGCUGAACCACAAAUCUCCAGACAUCUGUCAUCACUAACAGAAGGGCACAAAUAUUAAAAUGGAAACCAUAAAGUUGAAUACAUCAAAGAUACAACCAGAGAAGAAAUAUGGGAUCCCUCUGUAGCAGGCAUAACUCAUUCGCAUUGCCAAUUCAAAAUCAGCCAUAGCAGGAGAAUUUAAUGAUACCAUUGUGUAGAGAAAUUAGACAUGACACUAGCCAGUUACCUUCCAUUUUGGUCGGUUAGGAUUUGCUCUUGUUUGACACUCAUUAGAAAUCACAGUAACCUGCUUUCAGGGCAGUCAAAUUAAGGUUUCCUCUCUCUGUACAAGAUUACUCAUCACACCACAGCUACACGAUAAUUGGAAAAUAACUAGUGAAUGAGUACACCUACAGAAGCUGUCAUCUGAGCAUGUCAGUAACGUACCCGAGGUGAUCCUGUAAAGAAUUUGGUUGUACACACAACACCUAAGAAAAAACGGUUGCAGGAAAUUAAUGCUACAUUAACUUAUCAGAUGCAAAAAUUAUUAUUAAUCCUUAAUCAUUCUGGUAAUUUCUUUACAGGAAUUCACCUGCCCUUUUGUUUCCUUUAGUGCCUCUGGCAUGAGAGCACGUGGUUUUCUGCCUGAACCUCAGCCUCAGCUAUUCUUUGUUCUGAGAGGUACAGUGCUUGCUGGGGAGUUUGAGAGGCUUUGUAGUGGUUGUGCUCACAUUAGCAAGCAGCAAGGUGCAGCAGGGGCAGAUCUGGGGAAUGCAACAUUUGGUGCUGGUCUGCUGUGUGCAUUCUGGGGGGAUCCGCUAGCUCUGGUCCGGCCCCAUGACUUGGAACAUUCAGUAGCAACUGGGACAGCUAGGUGAGUUUUUGGAGCACAUCUUGUCAUUUAGUUUUGUCUGAAAGGAAUCUAGUUCUGCAGCAUGGACCUACAUGCAGUAAGGUCAGUAGUCAUCUUGGAAGGGCUGUCCUAGCCCUGAAUAAAACACAAGCCCAUUCAAAUGGAGAGGAGUCUGGAGGAAGCCCAUCAGACCUGUAUCUCAUUGCAGGAAAUGGCUAAGGAAGGUUAAUCUGAACAUGCACAGCCUGUUUUGUUUUUUUUGUAAUGUGUUUGCUCUGAAAUGCAUUUUGUUCUGGGGAAGCCCUACUUUGCAAUCAGGAAGUUGCUUGUUCUGUGAUGAGCAUUGCUGCUGCCCCAGAGGGAGGGGGUGGCACUGUCUGGAUGGACUUCAGAUCUACUGAAGGAACUUGCUUUGGUUCUCCACCCAAGAUCCAGUCUACAACAGGAAAAGUUGCCUGAUUCCCACUGUAGACUUUGGAUUUAGGAGCUAAGAGAUGAUGUGCAUGUGGGGCAUGUCGGGCUGGUCCCAAGUAUAGUUCACCCUGCAGCUGUGACAAGUUUCCAGCCUCAAGUUGUCAAGAAGAUGUGCAGGUAAGAUUAGCAUUAUCAGUUUAUUCUCUUCAGUGCAUUUUUUUGUUUGUUUGUUUUAAUUGGAAAAUACACUCCUUGUAUCACACUGCCCAACUCUGCGUGUUCCCUGCAUAUUCAAACAGAAGAUGAAUUUUCAUUUUUGACAGUUCAGCUUACAAAACCGAGAGAGAGAGAGAAGAAAGACCCUUCUGCAUCAGUGUGAUGAUUGAUCACUUUUUAUUUCUGCUCAGAUGCCAGGUCUGGAUUUGAAAUAGAAAAGUAAUAUACUGUUUCAUGGAGUUACGUGGGGAGGGGGCCCUGGAGGAGGAAUGCAGAGUGCUGUUAGACAGGGCUGGAGAGAUCAGACAGGCACCAGGAGAACAAAAGCCGCCCCUGUUAGAGAUCUGGGAGCUGGUGCUGGAUGGAGUGGGGCCUCCUGCUGCUUUCUGCUCACUGUUGCUGCGGCCAGGCUGGCAUCACUGUGCAGGGAGAAAUGCAGGCAAAGUGCUAAUCUAUCGAAACAGAAGGACAGACUUAGCUUGAGAAGAUGAGCAUGCUGAGCUGGUUUCUGCUCUGUUACACCAUGAAACCUCACUGAUAUCUGUAGAGCUCCCCAGCUGUAACUAGGAGCAGACAGGGGUUCUUUAUGCAUUUUCUCCAGAGCCAAACUGGUGAGGAUUUUGUGAGAACUGGAGAAAUUGAUACUGAGAUUUUCAGCUCUGCAGGAGGGAAUCUCUGUUUGCUUAAUUUGGGAAGAGACGGUCGUAUAACUUACAGGACAAAAAGCUUAAGCAGUGGAAGCAUCCCCCAGAGCAUAGGGUAGAGUUGGAGGCAGCUAGAAAAAGUCUUUCAGGCUGCCCGAGUCCUCCUGCAAAGCUUCCUUCACUCCCUCAAAUACAGAGAAACACCCACUCCAAAUGUGUUGUGCAAGAACACGACGCUGGGACCAGCUGGGCUUAAAACAACCCUGUUUUGUCUAGCUGCCUGUAUAAUUUCUCCCAAAAGGCAAAUGAAAGAGUGGCUUCUGGAAAACAGUUAAUCCUGUAAUUUCACCUCGUUCUCUGGCAAGCACUUCCAUUACUGAAUGGCCUUCACUUCUGUUUCUGUUAGGUGUUCUUUCAAGGUGAAAUUUCUAAUUUCCAGCUUUUUGCAGUUGUCUUAGAAAAGGCACCAUCGUAUCCAAAAGCCCUCUCCCACACUCACCCCACAGUUGCCUUUGCCCAUACAAGUGCCCAUAGCAGAAAUCAGGUCCCUUCUCAGCUACAUCUUUGAUGAGCCAGCAGGGCUGGGCUCCUGCAGAAGCACACAGCACACAGCUCCUGGGUCAUUCUUUUCUCUCUGCCUGAAUCACUUCUUUAUUAUCUCUUUCUCCUUCAAGGAUGGCACAGAGACUGGACACAGCUUUCCAGCAGACAAUCACUGGUGCCAUGAACAAGAAGGAAUGCUCCCUGCUGGUGUUUGUGACUGUCCUUUCCGUGGAGGGAUCAGAGGAGUCUUUCUAUGCAGCUUGUGCUUGUCCUCUAAAUUCUUUUCAAGGCAACUGCUUUCCGAGGCCGCAUCCUCAAGGCUGUGAGUAGAGCUCACUCGGGAUAAACCCAAGCCUGAGAUACAGAGGAUGGAGCACUUCUUACCCCAGCGAUACGUACUUGAGAGCCAUCUUGGAUGAUUUUCCAGAGACAGUGUGAUCUGGAGAUGCCAUGCAUUGUGGAAAUAAGUCCCAGCAAGCUGUGAGCAGCCAAGACUUGUUGACCAGAGGAACUGCAGAUGCUGGAUUCUUAAAACCUGUGCUUUACCGUACAUCUUCAUACCGUUCCCUGAAUUAAAAUGAUUCAGGAAAUGCAUUUUCUGACUGUCAGUGAAAUGCAUUCAUCACUCCCAUGAAUGUGCACCAGAUUGUUAAUGCUUCGGGCCAAAUUCCAUGUCUUUUUUAAUGCCUACAAAAUGUAGUGUGUGUUGCUGGCUCUAUAUUUAUAAUAAUUAUAAAAGUAACGGGAGUAGCUGCAUUCCUAUAGGCUAGAAAUGGCCAGGCACAGGCAAGAAAAAAUGACUCAUUGUUGCAAUUAAUGCUUGUGCUUGCACUUGUGAUUAAUUAGCCUGGUGAUAGUGCUGUGCAAAAGAUCAGGGUGAGAAUUAAUAAGGAGACAAGUGAGGACUUCUGAGAUGGUUAGGAUGCUGUUUAGUGCUCCUUCCUUGGGCUGCCUGUGCCUGUUUAAUUAAAAGCAACAAUGCAGCCUUGCUACGUACCAAUAGACCCUCGGGCAGGUGGUGCAGAAUAUUUAUAUCACAGUGCUCUGUAGCAAACGUCAAAAUUUAAUUCCUGUGCACUUCCCUAAAUAUAAUUCUGAAACGUCAGAGAUACUAAGAGGAAUGCUGGCAGCCGAUGGGAUUGCUGUCAGGAGCAGGAGGCAGAGUGCCACAUUUAUACCCAUCUAGAUACACAGGUGACUUCAGCUGCUGUGUUCCAGGAGCCUGCAGUGCUCUGAGGGACAUCCUUCAAACAGGAGCACAUGCUGCAGGUUUGUACACCUGUGGGUGCUGAUCCCUGCAGUUCUGUGCUUUGCUGAAAGCUGUUGCAACUGCAGGACAUGCUGGUGCUCAGUGGCAUUGCCCAGGGAGGGGACGAUAACGCUGCAAACGCUGGCCCAGACUGCACCUUUCAGACAGAACCCUCCUGUCCAAAAGGGUGUGGAGAAGAGGUGGCUGAUAAACACAGCUGCUGACGGAGAGAGAAGAGAUGUGCCACAGGGACAAGCUCUUGUAGAAAGGCCUGGAGCAUGAAGGCAGCUGCAGGUGGUUUCUCCUGAAGGACCUCUCACUGGCUUUUUUCUCACAAGGCAUUUCUCUCUUCUCCCACCUUCCUGUCCCUCCCAGAUGUUCCCAUUGAGAAGAACAAUUUUUCUCCUUCGAUGGCUGAGGCAGAGCAGGAGCAAACCCCAGGAGCCCACGUGUUUCCUCAAAGCUCCUCCAAGAACCUGCUUUUUCAGGGCACGCCUGGUGGAGAGAGUCGAAUAAAUACAUCAAUAUGUAAAUAGAUCCACAAGAGGAGGAUGAGCUGGGACUUUGCAAAACUGAUAAGCAUCUUUGGAGGCACGUUGUCACUGCACUUCUUGCAUAUUCUGAUGAAGCAGACAGCAGUGCUGGAUCUCAGCCCUGGGUUGUGGGAGAGAAAGGGAGGGAGGAAGGCAGUGUGGGCACGAGCAGACCGUGACUGAAAUUCUUCUAUGGAUUGAUUCGGCUUGAAUGUAUUCUGGGGCUGGUCUAAUUGCUAGUUUAGUCUCAGGCUUUGAUUCUCCUGUUCCUUGCACAUCUCUGCUGCUGAGUCUUCCCUGCAUUUCAAGCAGUCGUAGUGCAUCCAGACCAAACCAACCUCUCUUGGAUCAAAAUUCCCGUCCUUUGCAAUGCAUCCUUCUGCAAAGCAUUUGCAGCACAGUGUGGCACGAGGAAAAGGGAGUGAAGGUUGGACUUCUGCUAAAUGAAUCUUCUAUCUGUGUAAUGGCAUUCAGGCCUUAUUUGGAAAAACAAAACCUGAAGCUUUUGGGACACCUUGUUCAUGAUAGUGUGGCCCUCAUCAGAACUGUGGGAGACCACUUCAGUGAAGCACAAGCAGCAGAAGGUGCCAUGGCCAACUAGUUCAUGCCAACACUGCCUGCAGCAUGCUGCCUGCUGCAGGGCUCCAUGGAGGAUGGCCCCACAUUUUGUCUGCUUUGCCUCACGUGCUUCCACUAUGGGAACAGAGACACAAAAGUGAGGAAACGUGGCACACAGCUUGGGCACUUCUGUCCUAAUUUCCAUGGAGAGAAGAGGGGGAGAAUCCCCACAUGUGCCGUCUCGGUGCCGCCUCCUUUUCUGCAGGCUGAGCUCCAGCCCUUGUUUUGCAGCACGCCACAUGGAAUUUUAUCACCUUCAACAAUGAAAUCUGUCACCUUCAAGCUGCCUUAUUGUAAUCUGGGGACUUCCACCGUGGCUGCCGUAACCCCGCGCUGGGCUCCCUCCGCACAGCGCCUAUUGAUCCUGCUCCUCGUGCAACCCACAGUGUUAACUCUGGGGACCGCAUUUGUACUUGUUUUCUCACUGGUGUCGGAUCAUUAAUUCAUCUUCCUCUUUCCCUUUGUCUUCCUUCUGUCUUGUGUGCACCUCAGUCCCCUUCUCCUGCUGGCUGCCUCACCUCCCUCCCUGCCCCUUUGCAGAACAAGCCAUGCAGGUGUUCAGCAGCAGCAGCAUCCAGGUGGUUUCCUGAUCUGAUAUUUUAAAGGAUGCCAUGUACAAAUGCAUCCUUUAAAUGAUAAGACCUCUGUGUCACAUCCAUUAUACAGGUGUGUGAGUCAGAUUAACCAGCGUAUCUUCUGGAGAAAGGAAGUGAACAGUGAACUCAGGCACUGGUACUUCAGCAGCAGUGCAGCUUGGGCACUGCAGCUGUAUCACAAAUAGCUUUUUUCUGGACAUUUGGGAGCCCUGGUGGGGCAGGAGGAGAUAACUUGGCCUUAUUUAUCUGCUGCUGUACAUGUCAGGAUCAGAACAUUCCUGCUUGCUGUUUUCCCGUAGCUUAUGUCGUUGAUGAGUUUUUGUUUGAGGGAUAACUUUUCCCUUUGAAAUGCCCAUUUGCAUGUACAUUUAUAUGGGCUAAUUAAAAACUUAGCAUCAGAGUUGCUUUUCUGCUGACAGUCAGUGUACAGCAAAUUGGUUGUGCCUUUUUGGAGAUGUCCGCUUUGCUGCAGAAAUAGAAACUUCUAAUAAAAUCGCUUGGUCGCAUCUUUUGGGCUUUAUGUUUCCAGUGAAUAACCAAUAUUUGCAACAGAAGAUUUCAACGAAAAAAGGCUGUUCACUGAAGGUUUUCUGUGGGAAAAAUCGGUAAUGUGUAUUAUUAAAUAUAAAGAGGCUUAUGUCUUCAAGCCACAGCUCUUCACAAGCUCAAAAUAGGGUGGGUUUUUCAUUGAACAAAACCUUGCACUUCUUGCAGGCAGCAUAUUGAAAGGUGCCUGCGCCUGGCAGCUCGGGCCUGGAGGGCUGCUCUCAUCACUCUGUCAGUGACAUGAGUUAUUUCAUAAGCCAUGGAAAUAAUUAUUUCAAAAGUGGAUGUGUAGGGGCUGACAGCAAAGGCCGAGGUUGGAUUGCUGGAUUUGCCUGAGCCCAUGCAAAGCAGACUGCCAGCUAACGUACCAGCCACGGGAUUUUGUGACAAGCCAAAAGAAACCUUUCCUCCAGCGCAUGCAAAUAGGUUUUGCAAGGCAAAAAUAAGCUGUGAUGCAAACAUCACACUCUUCUUUUUCCAAUUUGCCUUAGGAAAAGAGGGAGAGAGAAGGAAGGACAGACGCUUUACCCCACCAAGGGCUCUUUCCGGAAGCAGUCGCUGUGUGUUUCUAUUUAGGUGGAGCUCUUCUGAUUUUCUGUCUGCCUUGCGAGUCACACCGAGGUGCCUGCGGAACGAUGCGGUGAUUGCUUCUGAAAUCCACGUUCUCUUAGGAUCUGCUCUUUCCAUCUUGAUAAAAUUUUAAUUCUUGCUUUCUGAUAACACAGUGUGGCUGUUUGGGGGCCUGCCUUUGUCAGGGACUUGUGGUUGGUGUUCACCUGUGACUGCAGGACAUCGGUAACCCCGUUUCUCCUUGGACAGAAGUCAGGACCAGAGCUCCCUUUCCUUUCUCUCAUCGUGUUGCCAAACUCCUGGUGCUGUUUCUGCCCAGCAUGGCGUACGGACACAACCAGCUUAUUGUUGGGACCCCUCUGCUACCUUGGUUUUAUUCUUGGUUCUGUAUGCUCACAUCUGAUAUUUGGAAGGAACUGUGGGUGCAGAUUGCUUAAAUAUGGCCUCACAGAGCCAAUGUAAUUUUGUAGCAGAAAAGGCUUGGAUCUCAAAUGCCUUCCAGUUCCAUUCCCUCUGCCCCCUCUAAUCUAUUUCCAGCAGCUUUGAGUUGAAUGUGGCUCCUACUUUGUGCUUAAACUGACCCUGUCUGUGCCACCACUACAUUUUGAGAUGGCCAAGGGAGAGAUUGUGCACUUCUGCACAUGCAUAUAUGUCCCACACAUACCCAGCACUGGUGGAGGAUUUGUCAGUAUUAGAAAUCCUGGUGGAAAAAUGCUCACGAUGAUGAAUUCACAGAAAAUACAUCAAAUAUUAUACCCAGGUAGCCAGAUAACGGUGUCAUUCACCACACUGUGACACUGUUCUCAUAGAGCAAAUGCCAUUUCCCUGAAAAAAAAAAUCAGUUUUCUUUCCUUAGGAAAGGAUGUUCAGAGCACCUUUAGUGAGUGAGGGAAGGUAGAAGAGCCUUUGUGCAUGCCCUGCUUCCUGUGCUCUUAUGCUGAUUUUAACCACAGGUUUGGUUAUUUCUUGUGUAUAUCUGUAUAUAGAUACAUAUAUAUUUUUCUCUCCGCGUUGCUGCUUUGAAAUAUAUGCCUGAAUUCUCAAUGAAGAACAGCUGAGAGAUGAGGAAAAUGGCUUAAGAAUUCAGCAGGCUGUAAGCUAUUUGGAUUUAAAAUAGUGCCUGGGAGAGAGCUUUUCACACUGCCGAACCACCCUCCUCCUGUCAGCGGCUGAGGUUGCCGUCCUUUGUUUGGCACAAUGUCGCCUUCCCUCUGAGUCUUCAGUGAGCCUUCAAGGGAAAGAAGGCUGAGCGAGUCUGCUUUCCUCUUUCAAAUCCCUCAAGGUCCUUUUUUUUUUUUUAAAAAAAAAAAAAACACAACAAAAACAACAAAACACCCGUGUGGGCCAUGUGCCUUUCAGUUUGCUUCUCAGCUUUGUUUCUUCGCUUCCCCCUCCUCCUUUGCAGGACGCUGUUGAGUGCUCAGCAUCACCCACCUCAGCUGCAACGCUUGGAGCAUCAGCGCCUGCUCUUCUGACUGCAUCCAGAGCACCUCCACCUCAAGACUUGGGACGUGAUCUGUGCACGCCGUGCUGAGCUGGUGAGGCAGAACCAGGAAGCUGCCAACUGGGACAUCACGUUGCUCUCUAAGCCAGGCACGUUUCUGACCCUGAGAUGGUGGAGAUCGGUGAUCCAACUGCACAGAAGGGACCUACAGCGUGUUCUUCUGAGACCUCACAAGCAUUUCCUCGUCCUUCUCAGGCUUUGCCCACACGGAAUGUGAACUUCAAUGUUUCCCACCACAACUGCGAGAAAUAUCCUGAACGGAGUGCUGUAACUUCAGGUGAAGAAAAGCAACAGAAGCAGAUGGGCUUGUAAACAGCAGAGAGCUGGCUGCCCCACAGAGGGCUGCGCAGAGCAGAGAGGAGCAGAACGCAGGAAGACUACUGCAGAUCCCAUGGAUUGCAGCAGUCACAGGGAAAAGAGACCUAUGAAAGAUGGCUCCAGAUGUUUUACCUAAUAAAUCAAGGAGUCUCAUCAGAGGAUUGAAUCCAAAAGCUGUUACCAUGACUUCAAAGGCACAGAGUGGAGCAGAAAGAAGCAGUGCGGACAUUUUCUACCAGUCUGCAGUCACUGAUGGUGAAAAUAUACUCUGGUUCCAUGGUUUUCUCUGUGGGAACCAAAAUUCCUCCAUGAUAAAAUGAAAUGGUGCUGUGCCCCCAGCCAACAUCUGCUGGAAAAGAAUCCAGACUUCAGAAAAAUUGCUGCUCAUCUUCCCUCCCCCAGGAUGCUGACGCCCAGCAAACUGUCACGGCUGCCUGGGAUUGGUGACAUCUCGAGUGACACGUGUUGGAUCGUCAGAUCAGAGUGGGAGCAGCACAGCUUUGGGAGCCUAAAAAUAGGGUCCGUAGUGAGAACCUUCACUCCUUUUUACUUCCUGGUGGAGCCAAUGGACAUUCUGUCAGUUCGUGGGGCAUCUGUUAUAAUGAACUGCUCAUCUUAUUGUGAAACUCCUCCGAAGAUCGAAUGGAAGAAAGAUGGAACUCUUCUAAACUUGGUCUCAGAUGACCGUCGCCAGUUGCUGCCAGAUGGGUCUUUAUUAAUAAACAGUGUGGUGCAUUCCAAGCAUAAUAAACCCGAUGAAGGAUAUUAUCAGUGCGUGGCAACUGUGGAAAGCCUGGGGAGCAUUGUAAGCAGAACAGCAAAGCUCACGGUGGCAGGUCUUCCCAGGUUCACCAGCCAGCCGGAGCUAUCGUCUGUCUAUAAAGGAAACAGUGCAAUCCUGAACUGCGAAGUGAACGUUGACCUCGCGCCGUUUGUGAGGUGGGAGCAGGACCGGCAGCCCCUCUCCCUGGAUGACCGUGUCUUUAAGCUGCCGAGCGGAGCGCUUCUUAUUGGUAACGCUACCGAUACAGAUGGAGGAUUCUAUCGCUGCGUCAUUGAAAGUGGUGGGACCCCCAAAUACAGUGAGGAGGCAGAGCUCAAAAUUCUUCCAGAUCCAGAAGAGCCCCAGAGCUUGGUCUUCGUGAGGCAGCCAUCUUCACUUACUAAAGUUACUGGGCAAAAUGCGGUUUUUCCAUGUGUUGCUGGAGGAUUUCCAACUCCGUAUGUCAGAUGGACAAAAAAUGGAGAAGAGCUAAUCACAGAAGACUCCGAGAGGUUUGCGCUGCGUGCGGGGGGCAGCCUGCUCAUCAGUGAUGUUACGGAAGAGGACGUUGGGACGUACACCUGCAUAGCAGAUAACGAGAACGAGACGAUUGAAGCUCAGGCAGAGCUUGCAGUACAAGUUCCUCCUGAGUUUCUGAAGCGACCCGCAAACAUUUAUGCUCAUGAAUCUAUGGACAUUGUCUUCGAGUGUGAAGUGACUGGAAAACCUACUCCAACUGUGAAAUGGGUCAAGAAUGGAGACGUGGUGAUUCCAAGCGACUACUUCAAAAUCGUUAAAGAACAUAAUCUGCAAGUUUUGGGUCUGGUGAAAUCAGAUGAAGGAUUCUAUCAGUGCAUUGCAGAAAAUGAUGUUGGAAAUGCACAGGCUGGAGCCCAGCUGAUAAUACUUGACCUCGAUGUUGCCAUCCCAACAUUACCUCCCACUUCACUGACCAGUGCCACUAAUGACCAUCUAGCACCAGCUACAACGGGACCACUGCCUACAGCCCCUCGGGACGUCGUGGCCACCCUCGUCUCCACUCGCUUCAUCAGGCUGACGUGGCGGACACCGGUGUCAGACCCGCAGGGAGACAACCUCACCUAUUCAAUCUUCUACACUAAGGAAGGUAUCAACAGGGAACGUGUUGAAAACACCAGUCGUCCUGGAGAGACACAAGUGAUGAUCCAAAACCUGAUGCCAGAAACAGUUUAUGUCUUCAGAGUUGUGGCUCAGAACAAGCACGGCCAUGGAGAGAGCUCAGCACCACUGAAGGUGGCCACGCAGCCUGAGGUUCAGCUGCCUGGUCCAGCACCCAAUAUCCGAGCGUACGCCGGCUCCCCCACCUCUGUCACCGUCACGUGGGAAACACCACUGUCUGGCAAUGGGGAAAUCCAGAACUACAAGCUCUACUACAUGGAGAAGGGGCAGGACAGUGAGCAGGAUGUUGAUGUAGCAGGACUCUCCUACACCAUUACUGGAUUAAAGAAGUACACUGAGUAUAGUUUCCGAGUGGUGGCUUACAAUAAACACGGCCCUGGCGUCUCUACCCAAGAUGUUGUUGUGCGGACGCUGUCAGAUGUUCCCAGUGCUGCACCACAGAAUCUAACGCUGGAGGCACGGAAUUCCAAGAGCAUCAUGCUGCACUGGCAGCCUCCUCCUGCAGGGACACACAGCGGGCAAAUCACCGGCUACAAAAUCCGCUACCGCAAAGUGUCCCGUAAGAGUGAUGUGACCGAGAGCGUCGGGGGGACACAGCUUUUCCAGCUCAUUGAAGGUCUUGAACGGGGCACGGAGUACAACUUCCGGAUAGCUGCCAUGACUGUGAAUGGCACUGGGCCAGCUACUGACUGGGUGUCAGCAGAAACAUUUGAGAGCGAUCUGGAUGAAAGCCGUGUUCCUGAAGUUCCGAGCUCCUUACACGUCCGUCCUCUUGUCACCAGUAUUGUGGUGAGCUGGACUCCACCUGAGAACCAGAACAUCGUGGUGAGAGGCUAUGCCAUAGGGUAUGGCAUCGGCAGUCCUCACGCGCAGACCAUCAAGGUGGACUACAAACAGAGAUACUACACCAUUGAAAACUUAGACCCGAGCUCGCACUACGUUAUAACUCUGAAAGCAUUCAACAAUGUUGGUGAAGGAAUUCCUCUCUAUGAGAGCGCAGUGACCAGGCCUCAUUCAGACACUUCCGAAGUUGAUUUGUUUGUUAUUAAUGCUCCAUACACUCCAGUGCCAGAUCCAUCUCCCAUGAUGCCACCGGUGGGAGUUCAGGCUUCCAUCCUGAGCCAUGACACCAUACGGAUCACUUGGGCAGACAACUCUCUGCCAAAGAACCAGAAGAUCACGGAUGCUCGCUACUACACAGUUCGCUGGAAAACCAAUAUUCCUGCAAAUACAAAGUACAAGACGGCCAACGCGACCACGCUGAGCUAUUUAGUGACUGGGUUAAAACCAAACACGUUGUAUGAAUUCUCCGUGAUGGUGACUAAAGGGCGAAGAUCGAGCACGUGGAGCAUGACAGCACAUGGGACAACUUUUGAGCUAGUUCCUACUUCACCUCCCAAGGAUGUGACUGUGGUGAGCAAAGAGGGAAAGCCUCGGACCAUCAUUGUGAACUGGCAGCCUCCGUCCGAAGCCAACGGCAAAAUUACAGGAUACAUCAUUUACUACAGUACGGACGUGAAUGCUGAAAUACAUGACUGGGUUAUUGAGCCCGUUGUGGGGAACAGGCUGACCCACCAGAUACAAGAGCUGACCCUCGACACGCCGUACUACUUCAAAAUUCAGGCCCGCAACUCAAAGGGCAUGGGGCCCAUGUCUGAGGCCGUCCAGUUCAGGACCCCUAAAGCUGAGUCCUCAGAUAAAAUGCCUAAUGAUCAAGCUUCGGGAUCUGCAGGGAAAGGAAGCCGCCCAGUGGACGUGGGGCCGGACUACAAACCCCCGCUCAGCGGCAGUAACAGUCCCCAUGGAAGUCCGACUUCUCCCUUGGAUAGCAACAUGCUUCUUGUCAUCAUAGUGUCUGUUGGGGUCAUCACCAUUGUGAUAGUGGUGAUCGUCGCCGUUUUCUGCACUCGUCGUACCACUUCUCACCAAAAAAAGAAACGAGCUGCCUGCAAAUCAGUGAACGGCUCCCACAAGUACAAAGGGAAUUCCAAAGAUGUCAAGCCUCCUGACCUUUGGAUCCAUCAUGAAAGACUGGAGCUAAAGCCCAUUGAUAAAUCUCCAGAUCCCAAUCCAAUCAUGACAGAUACCCCAAUCCCUCGCAACUCCCAGGACAUCACCCCAGUUGAUAAUUCCAUGGACAGCAAUAUUCACCAAAGGCGGAACUCCUACAGAGGGCAUGAGUCGGAGGACAGCAUGUCCACGCUGGCAGGAAGAAGGGGGAUGAGGCCCAAGAUGAUGAUGCCUUUUGAUUCUCAGCCGCCUCAGCCUGUGAUUAGUGCCCAUCCCAUCCAUUCACUCGAUAACCCCCACCAUCAUUUCCACUCCGGCAGCCUCGCUUCUCCAACUCGCAGCUAUCUCCAUCACCAGGUCAGCCCGUGGCCAGUGGGCACAUCCAUGUCCCAUUCAGACAGGGCCAAUUCCACAGAAUCCGUUCGGAACACACCGAGCUCUGACACCAUGCCGGCCUCCUCGUCCCAGCCGUGUGCGGACCACCAGGACCCCGACAGCAGCUCAGGCGCUUACCUGGGCAGUGCUCAGGAGGAGGACGCGGCCCAGAGCCUGCCCACAGCUCACGUGCGUCCAUCCCACCCCCUGAAGAGCUUUGCAGUGCCAGCAGUGCCUGCAGCUGGCUCUGCCUAUGACCCCACGCUGCCCAGCACCCCGCUGCUGACCCAGCAAGCUCCCUCCCAUCCAGUUCACUCGGUGAAGACUGCAUCGAUUGGGACUUUAGGAAGAACACGGCCUCCCAUGCCUGUGGUGGUUCCCAGCGCCCCUGACGUGCAGGAGACCACCAGGAUGCUCGAGGACUCGGAAAGCAGCUAUGAACCAGAUGAGCUGACCAAAGAGAUGGCCCACCUGGAAGGACUGAUGAAGGACCUUAAUGCCAUCACUACAGCAUGACCACCUUCACCAGGACAUGACUCCAGAUUGUUUCACAAGUCUUGGGACUUAGCCUUGGAACACAAGGAAUUGUACAGUAAAAAAAAUACAGAAGAAGAGGGACAGCACAUUGAGAGCAUCCCCAGGAAGCAGAGGAACCAAUUGGUGCAUUUGUGCUACAGCUGGUCGAAGAGGGACGACCUUCCCGGCCAUCAUCCUGUAACAAAGUCACACCAAGUUGAGUUCCAUUUACCUGCUGAGUCCAGGCAGGAUGGGACGCAGCAGGCUGAAAUCUAGCAUCCAGACAAAAGGAAAGAGAGUGGACUUCAUAAGCUGUUUUUUUUUUUUUCUGGUCAGGUUUUGUCUCAGUGGUGUGAUUGCCCUGCCUUUUCAGUGUUGGACAUUCGCAUUUAUGUACAAUUUUGUGUUUUUAUUUUAUCUUUUUUUUUUUUUUAAUAAAAAGGAAAAAAAAAUGAUGUAAUCAAAGAAAAAAAAAAAAGGAGAAACUAUUGUUUUCCCCAGCCUAGACUGACAUUUGACUGCUUGUUCUAUUGUGUAUGAAAAUUCAUUGCCAGCGUGGGUUGUUCUGUUUUGUUUUUUAUUCUGCAUAUAAUUACGUCCCCUUCUGGCAGUUAAUCCAUGGCCUUUUGGGAUGCUGCACUGUUAUUUGUAAGCUUUUUUUUUUUAUUAUUAUUUUUAUAUUAUAAUUAUUAAAAGCCUGACUUUCUCCUCUCAUCACUGUGAGAUUACCAGUCUGUUUGAAUUGAAAUGUAAUUUGAAAGGCUUGUUUGUUGCUUUUUGUGCAGUUUCAAUAUUUUGAGUGGGGAAAAGUAGAUGGGGAGGGAAUCGAGGGGGAGGUUUCAUUACUGUUGUUUUCCUGUCUUUCUACAUUGACUCGAAAGACUGAAGAAAAUGAAAGCAUCUUCUGUAACGUCCUUCCUUGUAACUCCAGCAUACUGUGUCUCUGGUUACUGAAUUGCAGUGAGUCUCAUUUAGAAGCAUUAAAAAAAUUUCCUCCUGUAAAGUAGGGUUCCUUACAUUUAGAUGACACUACUGCUUGUUUUGGCAACAGUGCUGGUUUGGCGUUGUUAGGUUAAAGGCCACCUCAUGAGAGCAGCUCUGUGGGUGCGAGGAGCUGCCUGGGCCUCUCCUAAACCAAAGGGUAUUUUCCAUCUUACCUUACGCCGUGUCCACAGGACCCUUCAGCAGCAAGUCCAACCCCAGUGCAGUUUCUCCAUCCCAGGCCCUUUAAAAAACAAGAUGCCUUCUCUUAAGGAUUCUUAAGAUACGUAGGCAAGGCAAAAUGUGUUUGUUUUUUUUUUUUUUUUAAUAUAUACACUUUUUGAACCAUUUGGAAAGAAAAACAGUAUUAGUGACUCAGGUGCACUUCAUAUAUCUGUCUAGAAAGGAAGGAAAAUCAAAAGGGAAAUCCAUUGUGAGGGGAAGGCAGAGCUUUAUCUAUUUUCUCCUUAUGUAUAGGAUUGCACAGCUCUGCCAUAGUCUGAGGAAGAAUGGCAUAAAAGGAGGGACUGUAUCUUAGUAAGAGAAACAAAACUCACCUGCCCAGGAAACUCAUAUGCAUUUUCACUUUUAAGAUGAAAGGAUACCCAAAACUUACUGACAGGGAGAAGCUGUUGGAUUUCUCUUGGAAGCUCAGCAUUACCAAUAGAGGGAGUGCAGGUACCAGCAGGCACAAAGAGGCAGGGCACUUCCAGAGCCCACUGCCCCCCAGCUAGCCUGCUGCACCUGUGCAUAGGAUCAUAGAAUCACAGGGUUGGAAAGGACCUACAAGAUCAUCUAGUCCAACUGUCCUCCCAUUACCCUUGCUACCACAAGCCACUAAACACAGAAUGAGUUGUUUGUUCAAGAUUUAACAGAACAAACAAAACCCUGAUUGCUUCCCACCCCUUGUAUCCUUCUCACUAAAGCUCUGGACCCGUAUUCUUGGUGCCCAUUGCUGGGGAAAGGAGAGCCAAUGAAGGGUCCCAGAGAGCAGCAGGCCUUGGGCUGUGGUUUUACUUCCUUUUUUAGCCUGGACUCUUUGUAUUGUCAUUUUUAGCACAGUUGCUGGGUUUAUUUAUUAUUUGAGGGAAGGGAGGAAAUCAAUGACAUGGGGCACUGUGGGCCACCUGGAAAACUGAUGUUUGGACUUCUAAUCAAUGCAAUUCAGGGCAAAAUAAGCUACAGAAUAUGUAUUUCAAUAACAAAACAGCAUACCUUGUCCUGAAAGGAAGGGUGGAUGUUUUCCUUUGCCUAUUUUUUACCUAUACCCAAAGAAAUACCAUCUUACACACACAGUAUUCUUAGCUGGUGGGUCUUUGUGAAUAUUACUUAUGUAUAACACCAUGAAUGUUAAUAUUGUCAUUGAAUUCGGGGAGGGGGAAUAUUUUUAAUGAUAAAACAACUGUUCAAAGUUGGUUUUUUAAGGUUAAACUAAAAGAAAACAUUUAUUCAAUUCAGUGUACAAUCUGUAUUGCACUUUUUCACAUUUUAAUGCUACGUUUUCUUACAUAUCCUGUGAUUUUCAAUUUGGACAUUGUGUAUCCUCGUAGUGUCAUAGUCAAGCUGUUGAGUGGCAGCUUCCCUCAGAGAGAUUUGGGGAAAAAGCAAACCUGUAUAUUGUUUUAUGAUUCUCAUGUAGAAUAAUUUUAAGGACUGCUGUAGACAUCUACCUUUCUGUACAAUUUUUUUUUUUUUUUUGCUUUUCUGUAGUAUUUGCUGUAUACUCUAUGGCUUUUUUUAAUAACUUCAUGUUUAUUAUUUUGUAUUGGACAUCCAAUACACUUUUUUUAAUCCAAUCAAA